UGUGUGUGUGCGAUGAGAUGAUCUUGUAUGUAAGAAAGUCAUUAUUUUAUCCAAAUAGUUUGUGGUUCCUACGCGUUUAUCUACCGAAUGUACCUGUGGUGUUUGUAUGGUGACAUUCUCCAUCCAUCUACACAGUGGCAUAAUUGUCAAAUUGAGUAAGCAAACACCUCCAAAUCAAACAAAUCAGGAAUCAAUAUGGAGGGUCUACAGGUACCUAAGCCUCAAUUCCCAUCUCUCAACUCACCACAGCGAGCUUCUGCUACUAAUGGUACUAAGCAAUCAAGGAAAGUAGCCCUAACCCCUGGUCAUUCUCUUAUGGACUGGGUACGUCUUGGGAAGAAAGAGGGACGUAACUUAAAUGGUAAAGGUGGACAGAUUCAGAACGUUAGUGUGGAGGAAUUGGCGAGACAUAACAAAGUGGACGAUGCUUGGAUGAGUAUAAGAGGCAAGGUGUACAAUGUGACUCCAUACAUGAAUUUUCAUCCCGGAGGUGAAGAUGAAAUGAUGCGAGGAGCUGGUGCAGAUGGAACAAGUUUAUUUGAUGAUGUUCAUCAGUGGGUCAACGUGGAAUCAAUGCUGGAGAAAUGUUACGUUGGUCAACUUCGGAAAUCCAUUGAAAUCAAAGACAGGCUCAAAGAUAACAAGAAAGAAAUAAACCACCUCAAGGAUACAGCACCAGUAAACUCAGAUUUUAAAACUCCCACUAACUCUGAGCCGGGAGCAGCUAUCGUAGAGAAACCUAAAGCCAGGUACGACUGGUACCAGAAUGGAGGGCAGAUGACUGUCACAAUAUACACCAAGUGUAAUUUUGUGAAAGCAGACCAUUUAGUGAUUGACAAGAAGCAACGUGAACUUCAAGUGACUUUAAACAUUGAUGAAUAUGUGUACACUCUGCAUGUUGGUUUGUUUGCUGAUGUUACAGAUACCUACAAUGGUAUCAAGGUGCUUAAUGGCCCAGUGCAUCGAGUCAUCUUUAUUCUGAAUAAGAAGGAUGUUGACUUGAAAUGGGUAACGUUUGGUUCACCUCUUGAAGGGAAUAACACAGUAGUGCACAAAACAGAUAGAGAUCCAGUAUUUCGGUCAUGUGAGGUGUUGUCUUGUCAACCAUUAACGCAUGACAUCAAACUGUUAGCUCUUCAGUUACCACAAGGAAGUCACAUGAUCAUCCCUAUUGGAUACCAUGUGUAUCUCAGAGUCAAUCAUAAUGGUGAAGAAUUAAGCAGACCCUACACUGUCGUCUCUUCAACGCUUCUACCACAAGAUUACAAAGCUAAACAAAUAUGUGGACGGAUUAUUUAUCUGAUGAUCAAGAUGUAUCCAGAUGGACAAUUUACUCAACAGUUAGCUGGAUAUAAAGAAGGAGAUAUGAUUGAUGUUAGUGAUUAUGAAGGAAGCUUUGUAGAAUCUCGUCUUGAUCAAGCUGAUACUCUUGUCUUAGUUGCUGCUGGUACUGGUUUUACACCAAUGGUUAAACUUCUACAGUGGAAUAGGAUACACAACAAACAACAAACUAAGCAUAUCAAGCUGAUAUUCUUUAAUAAGACAGAAAGAGAUAUUCCUUGGAGAGAAGAUUUGAGCGACUUACUUAAGACUCAACCAAAGAGCUUUGAGAUCAUCAACAUUUUAUCUGAACCCGAUGAGAGAUGGAGUGGGCCUAAGGGACGGAUUAGGAAAGAGAUUGUAGAGGAGUAUUUUCCAUGUCCAUCAGAUCAACCUCAACAAAGAUUCUUGAUGUGUAUCUGUGGACCAACACAGUUUACUCAACUUGCUUUCAAGUUGUCCAAAGCAUACGGCUACACAGAUGAGAUGAUACAUGUGUUUGCUGCUUAAAGAUGUUGCUCAUCUGUUAACAAUAACUUGCAGUGAAACAUUGGGACUGUACUUCUUAAUAUCAACACUUCUACUCCAAGAAUUCUUACAAUAACUUGCAGUGAAACAUUGGGACUGUACUUCUUAAUAUCAACACUUCUACUCCAAGAAUUCUUACAAUAACUUGCAGUGAAACAUUGGGACUGUACUUCUUAAUAUCAACACUUCUACUCCAAGAAUUCUUACAAUUCUAAUACUGCUAAUGCAUACAGGCAACGACUCCGCUCAUCAGCUGAUCAGACCCGGCUUUCUGUUCCUAGAAAUAGACGGAAAGCUGGGGAUAGCUCAUUCUCCAUAGCUUAUUUAUUUAUUUUAUUUAUUUAUUUAUUUCCAGGCAAACAGCACAUACAUAGAAUAGGCAAAUAAGAUAAGACUACACAGAGAACAAGCCUGCAGAAAACCAAAAAGCGAAAAUAAUCACUAAAGGCGAAAUAGCUGCCCCUCGCCUAUGGAAUGAGCUCCCCGCGGGUCUGCGAGAGGCGAUCUCGUUGCCUGUGUUCAAAAGCCUCCUCAAGACAUUUCUGUUUCCCCACCCAUCCUAGUUUGUUUGUUUUUCCUUUGUCAUAAUCUCAUGUAAAACACUCUGUUCUCCGUAGGGCGCUAUAUAAAUGCUUUGUAUUAUUAUUAGUGCAGUAUACAGGUACAGCUAUAUGAACACGAUAUUGAUUUAAAGCUAUCUAUUCCUUCCUCCAUGCUAUGACUGUGUCUUUUUGUUUUAUGUAUGUUCCUUUUUGCGUCUAUGUGAUGUUGCUGAAGUCAGCCAUAGGUUUUUUAAGUUGUUGAUAAGAUCAAAUUACUUUACUUAAAGCUAUUUUAAGUGAUCAAUUGUUGGCUGUUGAGUGUGUUGAAUGUUCUCUAUGCAUAACAUGAACAAUUGGUGUGUAGCUCAAACUUCAACAGGAGUCUAAAGUACUUAAGCCUAACAGUUUCCAAUGAAUGCCAGUUGUAUACUAUCAGAAGAAACCCAUGCACCCAAUUGCUAGCCUGGAGUGUACAUAAAUUCAAUGGAUGUUAGUAUUGAAUGUACCUUCAAAUUUGUUUAUUUUUGAUCCAUGUAGACAACAAAUCUUUAUACAUGUAUUUGGUAUGGUUGACUUGUAAGAGAACAAUGGCCCUUUUCUUGCUACUCUAAUACCAAGGGUCAACACCAGGGGAAAUCAGUUGACCCAUUCACACUUGGAUUGCUUUACCCCUGAUCUACCCUGGGGUAUGGGCAUACCCUGGUGAAUAGCCUCCCUCUGGAGUAGGGGGGUAAGUGGUAAAACCCUGAGUUAUUCAGUUGACCCAUUCACACUUGGAUCGCUUUACCCCUGAUCUACCCUGGGGUAUGGGCAUACCCUGGUGAAUAGCCUCCCUCUUGAGUAGAGGGGUAAGUGGUAAAACCCUGGGUUAUUCAGUUGACCCAUUCACACUUGGAUCACUUUACCCCUGAUCUACCCUGGGGUAUGGGCAUACCCUGGUGAAUAGCCUCCCUCUGGAGUAGAGGGGUAAGUGGUAAAACCCUGGGUUAUUCAGUUGACCCAUUCACACUUGAAUCAAUUUACCCCUGAUCUACCCCGGGGUAUGGGCAUACCCUGGUGAAUAGCCUCCCUCUGGAGUAGGGGGUAAGUGGUAAAACCCUGGGUUAUUCAGUUGACCCAUUCACACUUGGAUCGCUUUACCCCUGAUCUACCCAGGGGUAUGGGCAUACCCUGGUGAAUAGCCUCCCUCUGGAGUAGGGGGUAAGUGGUAAAACCCUGGGUUAUUCAGUUGACCCAUUCGCACUUGAAUCAAUUUACCCCUGAUCUACCCUGGGGUAUGGGCAUACCCUGGUGAAUAGCCUCCCUCUGGAGUAGGGGGGUAAGUGGUAAAACCCUGGGUUAUUCAGUUGGCCCAUUCACACUUGGAUCGCUUUACCCCUGAUCUACCCUGGGGUAUGGGCAUACCCUGGUGAAUAGCCUCCCUCUGGAGUAGGGGGUAAGUGGUAAAACCCUGGGUUAUUCAGUUGACCCAUUCGCACUUGAAUUAAUUUACCCCUGAUCUACCCUGGGGUAUGGGCAUACCCUGGUGAAUAGCCUCCCUCUGGAGUAGGGGGGUAAGUGGUAAAACCCUGGGUUAUUCAGUUGACCCAUUCACACUUGGAUCGCUUUACCCCUGAUCUACCCUGGGGUAUGGGCAUACCCUGGUGAAUAGCCUCCCUCUGGAGUAGGGGGGUAAGUGGUAAAACCCUGAGUUAUUCAGUUGACCCAUUCACACUUGGAUCGCUUUACCCCUGAUCUACCCCGGGGUAUGGGCAUACCCUGGUGAAUAGCCUCCCUCUGGAGUAGGGGGGUAAGUGGUAAAACCCUGAGUUAUUCAGUUGACCCAUUCACACUUGGAUCGCUUUACCCCUGAUCUACCCUGGGGUAUGGGCAUACCCUUGUGAAUAGCCUCCCUCUGGAGUAGAGGGGUAAGUGGUAAAACCCUGGGUUAUUCAGUUGACCCAUUCACACUUGGAUCACUUUACCCCUGAUCUACCCUGGGGUAUGGGCAUACCCUGGUGAAUAGCCUCCCUCUGGAGUAGGGGGGUAAGUGGUAAAACCCUGGGUUAUUCAGUUGACCCAUUCACACUUGGAUCACUUUACCCCUGAUCUACCCCGGGGUAUGGGCAUACCCUGGUGAAUAGCCUCCCUCUGGAGUAGGGGGUAAGUGGUAAAACCCUGGGUUAUUCAGUUGACCCAUUCACACUUGGAUCACUUUACCCCUGAUCUACCCUGGGGUAUGGGCAUACCCUGGUGAAUAGCCUCCCUCUGGAGUAGGGGGUAAGUGGUAAAACCCUGGGUUAUUCAGUUGACCCAUUCACACUUGGAUCGCUUUACCCCUGAUCUACCCCGGGGUAUGGGCAUACCCUGGUGAAUAGCCUCCCUCUGGAGUAGGGGGGUAAGUGGUAAACCCUGGGUUUUUCGCUAAAUGUGCCACCAGAACUCCAUGGAUUAGGGACCUAGGCAGGGAUAGUUUGACUGGCGCUGGGGGGUAUUCAUUGGGUAAGAUAAACUCCCUUUCUUCUCCAGGGCUGUUUUACAUGGGGAUAAGAGACAAUAUAGUUCUUAAAAGGUUUUGCUACAAUUUUUAUAUCAUUUAUCCAGCACAAAAGAUAUUAUGUUAAUAGCUAGUGAACAUUAUUAUAUUGAUCACUGUAGUACUAUAAUAAAAUAUGAAUAUAUGAACAUGUAUGUGAUGAUAACAUACAUUUGUAUUUUUUAAGGUAGUUUUUAAAACUUUAACUGUUAAAUCUGUGUAGUGUGGGUCUAUUCCACAGUUUUUUUUUACAGGUACCUAGGUAAUGAUGGAUUCAUAAUGAACACGGUGCUUUCAUGUACGCAGUCAAUCAAAAACUUAAUUCAUGUAAUAUCUUUACAUGAUCAUUUGUAUAAAAUAAUGUAUGGUUGAAUUAGAAUAAUAUAUUUAUCUAUGUAUAUCAGUGUUUUCUUUUUUCAAUAAAAUAAAGUGAUAAGUAUGGACC